GGUCCACAGCUCAACUGUAGGUUCAUUUGUAAGCUCUCACUGUGCAGUCUGACAGCCCAAAAAUAUGGACCAGUAUCAUAAACCCGACCAGCAAACACUACAAGCGCUGAGGAACAUCGCCAACCGGCUCAGGAUUAACUCCAUUAAAGCUACCACUGCAGCUGGCAGCGGACAUCCGACAUCAUGUUGCAGUGCAGCAGAGAUCAUGUCUGUGCUCUUUUUCCACACUAUGAAAUACAAAACAGAUGACCCACGCAAUCCCAACAACGACCGAUUCGUCCUGUCUAAGGGUCAUGCUGCUCCAGUGCUUUAUGCGGCCUGGGCGGAGGCAGGUUACCUGAAAGAGAGUGAGUUGCUUAAUCUUCGAAAGAUUGACUCUAUUCUGGAGGGCCACCCAGUGCCAAAACAACAGUUUGUGGAUGUGGCCACAGGUUCUCUUGGACAAGGACUCGGGGCUGCAUGUGGGAUGGCGUACACUGGAAAAUACUUUGACAAAGCCAGUUACCAUGUGUACUGUUUGCUGGGUGAUGGUGAGAUGUCAGAGGGCUCAGUAUGGGAGGCCAUGGCCUUUGCCUCCCUUUAUCACUUGGACAACUUGGUUGCCAUUCUGGACAUUAACCGAUUGGGACAGAGUGACCCCACACCCCUACAGCACCAGGUGGAGACAUACAAGAAACGCUGUGAGGCCUUUGGGUGGCAUGCUGUCGUAGUGGAUGGCCACAGUGUGGAGGAACUGUGUAAGGUUCUGUGCCAGCCUCGCAACCAACCCACUGCCAUUAUUGCUCACACCAUAAAGGGCAAGGGCAUUCCAGGGACAGAGAAUGAGAUGGGCUGGCAUGGUAAGCCCCUGUCCAAGGACAUGGCUGAGAGCAUUAUAAAGGAGCUACAGAGCCAUAUUACAAGUAGCAGCAAGCAACUGUGCCCUCAGCUUCCGAGUGAGGAUGCGCCAUCAGUUAGCCUAAAAAACAUCAGCAUGCCCAGCGCUCCCAGCUACAAAAUUGGAGAAAAGAUUGCUACAAGAAAAGCAUAUGGAUUGGCCCUGGCAAAACUUGGCCAUUCCAGUGAGCGUGUUGUGGUAAUGGAUGGAGACACAAAGAACUCCACUUUCUCUGAGAUCUUCAGGAAGGAAUUUCCAAACCGUUAUGUGGAGUGCUACAUCGCCGAGCAGAACAUGAUAAGUGUUGCUGUAGGCUGUGCCACUCGGGAUCGCAAUGUUGUUUUUGCUUCCACAUUUGCCACGUUCUUCACCAGAGCCUAUGACCAGCUCCGCAUGGCCGUCAUCUCAGAGAGCAACAUCAACCUUUGUGGCUCACACUGCGGUGUAUCUAUCGGAGAGGAUGGAGCCUCUCAGAUGGGACUGGAGGAUUUGGCAAUGUUCAGAGCUAUUCCCACAGCUACUGUGUUUUACCCUAGUGAUAGUGUGUCCACUGAAAAAGCUGUGGAGCUGGCUGCAAACACAAAGGGUCUUUGUUUUAUCAGAACUAGUCGCCCAGAAAAUGCCACCAUCUACAACAGCAAUGAAGAAUUCCGUGUAGGCCAGGCGAAGGUUGUAAUUAAGACCAGCAAGGACCUCGUCACUGUGAUUGGAGCAGGUGUAACUCUGCAUGAAGCACUAUUUGCAGCCGAACAGCUGAAAAAAGAGGGCAUCAAUGUCCGAGUGAUUGACCCAUUCACCAUUAAACCCCUGGACUCAAAGACAAUCAUUGAAAAUGCAAAGGCAACAGGGGGUAAAAUCCUCACUGUAGAGGACCACUACUAUGAGGGUGGUCUGGGAGAAGCAGUUUGUUCAGCUGUGGUAAAUGAGCAUGAUUUUAAAGUGCAGCGUCUUGCUGUAUCUCAUGUGCCACGCAGCGGGAAACCCAACGAGCUGCUCAAACUGUUCAACAUCGACCGUGAUGCUAUUAAAGAGGCUGUGAGGAAGAUGGUCAACGUUACCACUAACAAAAAAUAGCUCUCCAAAAACCUCUGUCUAGUAGCAGUAAGUCAAGGUGACUGGACGUGGGGUAUAAUUAUAUUUAUAUUAUAAUUACAAUUAGGUUUCAUCAUCAGUAGUCAUUCAUUCAGUACAGCUACCAGGAUUUUAAUGUAGUAAUUGCUAUAUUCAGUACAUGUACAAUCUAGAGUGCAGUAAAAUAACUACAGAUAGAACAGCUUGGCUGUGUUCCAAACCAUUAGUGGUGUACAAAUUAGUACAUCCUAUAUAGUUUAUCGCUAAUUGGUUUGGGAUAAAGCACUUAUAUCUAUCACCCUCUACCACACUCCUUUCCCAACUCCGUGCAGGCGCCACCAACCAGCCAGCAGAGGUUUAAUCCCGCCCCUAUCUGAACAACAGGCCAAUCUUUGUUCAUGUGGCCGCUCAGCCUCAGCUGGCAGGCAGAGCCAAGAUUCGAUACAAUGUAUUCGAGAUCCCAGCUCUGGUGAACAGCGUGUGUUUUUACCGCUGCGCCACCUGAGCGGCUUAUUUGGUACAUUUUGAUAAAUUUAUUUGGGGGGCAAAGGAUGUCUGCUAUCAACUGUUUAGUGCAGUGAGAGAUUCAUUAUAAAAUACAAAUAUUUGGUGGAAAUCACUAAAUCCAACAAUUCUGACAAGUGGCUUAAUAGCCAAUUGAAUUAAAUAUUUUUGUAGGAUCAGGAGCAGCCUAUGAUGUAACGUAUUUUCUUUGAUAAUGUUUCCAUAUUGUGGGGUUAUGAUGAUAGUAAUUAUUAUUAAGUGACACCAAGUCUAUUCCGACUUUUGGAUUGUACUUCUCCAGAACAUCCUGCUUGGGUCUUCAGGCUUCUUAAAGUCUCAUUCAUUGUUCAUCUAAUUGUAUUCAUCUAUCUUGUGACUGGGUGUCCUCUUUUUUUGAAACUUUUGCUCUUGAAAAUGUAAAAAAAAAAAAGUUGUUUUCAUCAUCAGAUAAUUGCAAAAAUACUAUUAAAAUAGAAGUUUAAAAAUAAUUUUAAGAUUAAACCCCUGUGUUCAGUCACCUUGAAACCUUUUUACUUAACCAGAAUAUUUUUAUGCCUUGACCAAGCUGAGCAUUACUUUACAGUGUGAACUUGAUUUGUCUCCCAUGAGAAAUGAGUUUUGUUUUAUUAAGAGUUUAAUAUUAUGGUAAGAUAACUUAAUGCUUCCAAAGGUUCUGUAGCAUAAAAGUCAUUUUGUCACUUAUAGUAAUAAUAAUAGUAUUAAGUAUUAUGAAUAGUAUUGAUAAAGGAUUAAACUUAAGAAAAUUCUGAAUCUGGUCACUUUACCUAUUGAUGUAUAACUAUGCAAGCUCAAUAGAGCCAGGCUUUUAUAAAGGAACCUAAUGUUAAACCAAACAUUCCAAUUAAAUCUUUGUAUUGUGCACUUUGUUCUAUUUUUCUGUCAAAGCAAUAAAGACAGUACUCUGGUGCUUCCAAAACUCUG